CCCUCACAUAUCAUACUCCCACCAGUCUCUCUCCCACCUUGGAAAAAGCAGCAUCCCACUGCAGUCCCCAAUCCCUCACCACAAUAGCCAGACCAGACCAGACACAACACCCAAAACAUCCACACCCGAAGAACCCCCCCCCAAAAAUGUCCCCAAUAAUAGCCUUCAUCCCCGGCGCCUGGCUCACCCCAGCCUUCUACGAACCCUUCCUCUCCACCCUGACCGAAACCACCGCCCUCCCUGUCGAACACAUCCCCUACCCGUCCCUGGACCCCAACCCCAACCCCAAGCCGGGGGACCCAGCAACAGCCGCCGCAACCGCCGACGUCCAAACCGACACAACCGCCAUCCGCACCCGCCUCCUCACGCUCAUCGAAUCUCAAGCCCGCGAGGUCAUCCUCAUAAUGCACUCCUACGCCGGGAUGCCAGGCGCGGCCGCGGCGUCCGGGCUGAGCAAAGCCGCGCGCCACCGGGCCGGAAAGCCCGGCGGCGUGGUGGGCAUGAUCUUCGUGGCGGCGUUUCUCGUGCCCGAGGGGGUGAGCUGUGCCGGGUUGCAGGGCGGUGCGCUGCCCCCGUGGAUUCUGUUGGAUACGCCCGCCCCGCAACUCAACUACCCCGACGACCCGGUGGGGAAUUUCCUGCCUGAGGCCCGGGGGAUUCUCCCUGAGGCAGCUCUCGAGACGUAUCUCCGGCCGCACGCGACCCGGGCGUUUACCUCCCCGCAGCCGGCGCCGGCGUGGGCGGAGGUGGAGGCGGAGACACAGACACAGACGACCGGGUUGGCGUUUGUGGUCACGGCCGCGGAUCGCGCCGUGCCCCGCGAGGCGCAGUAUGCGAUGAUGGCGGCGACGGGGCGGGAGUGGGUCGUCCGCGAGAUCGAGUGUGGUCAUUGUGCGCCGUUUGUGGGGGAGGAGCGCAUUGCCGAGACGGUGCGCGUGGUGGCGGAGUUGGUUCGUGGGUUUUCUUAAGAGGUUUGCGGUCUGGGUCUGGGUUUUCUUUCCAAGUUGUUGAUUGAGGGGGAUGGGGCGGGUAUAUGGU